GGCUAGUUUAUUUGAUCCGUUGAAGUCAAACUGCGUGGUUCGCGUAUACACAAACAGUGUACAAACUCUCAAAGUUGUACCAAAAUUACAGUUCUGGAUUAGAUUGUCUUUAAGAAAAAUUUCGAUUCAGUACGUUCAGAAAAAUUCGUUUGUUAGCAGAGAGAAAGGAGUUCAGCUGAUUCAGCGCAUUUAACUAGUCAAAUUAGUCCGAUUUCGCUUGGAUUAUUUUUAUUGGAAAUUUUAGAAAAUGGUCGCUUCAACGAAUGUAAGCCAAAACGGUGUAGUCAAUUCUCCAGUAGUAGGAACUUCUAAUGGAGUAACAACCAAUGGCACAAUGAAUGUCGCUAGCGGACACAAGACUUUGGCCAAGGGCAGGUACACUUUAGUAGGCGUCGAUAUUGACACAACUGGGCGUCGACUCAUAGAUGAAAUCGUUCAGUUGGCCGCGUAUUCGCCCAAAGAUCAUUUUGAACAAUAUAUUAUGCCAUACAUGAACUUGAAUCCUGCUGCUCGCCAACGUCACCAAGUGCGUGUGAUCUCUAUUGGAUUCUAUCGUAUGUUGAAAUCAAUGCAAACCUAUAAGAUUAUCAAGUCUAAAUCGGAGAUCGCUGCCUUGAAAGAUUUUCUGGAUUGGCUGGAAGCGCUUAAGGCCGAAGAUACAUCAUCGAACGGUGUCAUUCUAGUCUAUCAUGAGGAACGCAAAUUUAUUCCAUACAUGAUUUUGGAAUCGCUUAACAAAUACAACCUGUUGGACAGGUUCCUUAAAACAGUCAAAUCAUUUGCCAAUGGCCUCAAUUUAGCCAAAGCCAAUGCCAACGAAUCAUUGCAACAUUACACGUUGCGCAAACUCUCCAAAGUGUUGAGCGCCAAAGCACAUGAAGUGAUCAAUAAUCAAAAUGCAAGUGACGGUGAAAUCAAAAACAAUGUUAGCUCAACAACGGGCAUAGCCGAGUGUCAGAGCCCCCAAAAGUCAUUGCAAAAGGGCGCUCUGGCACAGGAGCGUGAGCUGUUCGAUGGUAAUGCUAGUGUGCGUGCCAAGUUGGCCUAUGAGGUGGCACAACAGUUGAGCAAUCAAGAACACAAGGUGCCUAUCGAAUCGUCGGCUGCAUUAGAGAAUAUGAUUGCCGCAGUGCAAACGUAUGCACAGCCCAUUGAAUGCGAUUUGAAUGAACUACAAACUCAAAACGAGAAUUUGGAACGUCAAAAUUCUUUCCGUCCGGUUUUCUUGAAUUACUUUAAAACCACACUCUACCAUCGAGUGCGUGCGGUCAAGUUUCGCAUCAUACUUGCGGAACAGGGUUAUGACCUGCAGACGCUAAAUGCAAUUUGGAGUGAGAAACAAAAGGAUGGAUUGGCCGAAGUAUUGCAAGUCAUUGAGGAGUUAAAACCUGAAGAUAGGACGGAGUUGGCUGAUUUAUUUGACAGUUACUUCGAUCCUGUAAAGACGACUAUUAAGCCGAUUGUCAAAAACAACAAUCGCCGCCGAAAUAGACGCGGAGUACGCAACAUGAAGAACGACGGCAGCAAUAGCGCUCGCACAAGUAGUGAGCAAGGAGCUGGCGGUGACAAGCAAGUCACUGGCGGUCAGCUGCCCGACACCACAAUUAAGUCGCCAUCUCCGCCAAACGGCGGCAAGCCGCAGCGUAGCAAGCGUAAUCCGCGCUCACGCAAUAACUCCUUAAAAACACAGCUGCCAAGCGCCGCCGUCGACACGAGCAAUACAACGGCAACAGCAACCAAUUAAAAACUAAGAAGUUCAUUCUAAGACUCAAGACAGGCGCUGUUGCAACAUAAAAAAACAAGUAAUUUGUUUUAUUUUUUUUUGUGAUAGUUUUCACCAACGUAGCCACACUUUAGAGAGACGCCAGAAAUAUUUGCUGGUAUGCAAGUUGAAUAGAAUUUGAAUUUUUAAUUUUAUAUAUACCACAUAUUUUUAUUAUAAUUAUUAUUAUAUGUAUUAAUUAGCUAAACGUACAUGCAUAUAAUUAACAAAAGCAAAAGAAAUAUGUAUAUAUAUAUGUACACUUGUUGAACGUUAGCAGUUACAAUACCCAAUUGUAGAUGACGUUAGUUUAGAAAAUAUCUGAUUAUUGAAGUCAUUAAUAAUUAUUAUUUUAUUUGCUUUGCUACGCUACAAAGUACAACAUAAAUUAGUUUGCCAGCCGCAGGCAGAGGUGUAAGCUUUUCAUAAUUUAUUUCGUAGUUUUACUAGAGUUGAGUUAAAUAAAAUGUAACAAAUAUUAGCUAACCUCUGGUUUGACGUCUUAGAGGAUUCUACAAGAAUUUGACAACCUUGCUUAUUUGCGCGAAUUGAAAUUUUGAAUUUUUAGAAGGUUGCGUUUUAAUAUUUGUUUUUUAUGAUUCCUAUUAUGAUAUUUAUGUAUUUAUGCUAUUUUGAAAUUUUUGUUUAAAAAGAAUACACAAGAAAUAUAUAAACAAAUAUUUUUUUCUAACUUAA